CGCUCCAGAGGACGACGGAGAUACAGGCAAAGCAGCAGCUCCAAUUAAUUGUCCGCGUGCUUUCGCCCCCUCUCCUCCCCAGGCUGCAAGAACCCCGGCUCCUAAUCACACCAUCACCUACCUCUCCCUCCCAGAUCCUGAGAUCCUCCUCCACAGAUAUCCAACACCAAAGCGCCCGUCCAGAUCCGCAGCCUCCGCACAACCUAACCGGAGGAAGCGGCGGCGGCGGUGGCCAUGGCGAAGGAGUCGGCCGGCGGCGGGGAGGGCGGAAUGUCGGAGUCGGUGAUCCGCAAGGUGCUGGUCUCUUACAUGUACGUGGCGGUGUGGAUCUUCCUCUCCUUCGCCGUCAUCGUCUACAACAAGUACAUCCUCGACCCCAAGAUGUACAACUGGCCCUUCCCCAUCUCCCUCACCAUGGUGCACAUGGCCUUCUGCUCCUCCCUCGCCGUCGCGCUCGUCCGCGUCCUCCGCGUCGUCGACCUCCCGUCCUCGCCCGCCAUGACGCCGCAGCUCUACGUCGCCUCCGUCCUUCCCAUCGGCGCGCUCUACUCGCUCUCCCUCUGGUUCUCCAACUCCGCCUACAUCUACCUCUCCGUCUCCUUCAUCCAGAUGCUCAAGGCGCUCAUGCCCGUCGCCGUCUACUCCAUCGGGGUGCUCUUCAAUAAGGAGACCUUCAAGUCCUCCUCCAUGCUCAACAUGCUCUCCAUCUCCUUCGGCGUCGCCAUCGCCGCCUACGGGGAGGCCCGCUUCGAUGUCCGCGGCGUCGCGCUCCAGCUCGCCGCCGUCGCCUUCGAGGCCACGCGCCUCGUCCUCAUCCAGAUCCUCCUCACCUCCAAGGGCAUCUCUCUCAACCCAAUCACCUCGCUCUACUACGUCGCACCGUGCUGCCUCUGCUUCCUCGUCGUGCCCUGGGUCUUCGUCGAGCUGCCCAGGCUGCGCGAAGUCGGAACGUUCCAGCCGGACAUCUUCGUCUUCGGCACCAACUCGCUCUGCGCCUUCGCGCUCAAUCUCGCCGUCUUCCUGCUGGUCGGCAAGACGUCCGCGCUCACCAUGAAUGUCGCCGGCGUCGUCAAGGACUGGCUGCUCAUCGCCUUCUCCUGGUCCGUCAUCCGCGAUACGGUCACCCCCAUCAACCUCUUCGGCUACGGGAUCGCCUUCCUCGGUGUGGGCUACUACAACCACGUCAAGCUGCAGGCGCUCAAGGCCAAGGAGGCCCAGAAGAAGGCAGCGCAGGCCGACGAGGAGGCCGGAUCGCUGCUGCAGGAGCGCGACUCGCACGGCGACCGCACGAGUGAUAACCAGUCCUAGAGUGGUGGAUCUGAUCCAACUGCCCGCGCAAAUUGGUCUGUUCUGAAUCCAGCCUAGUAGUGUAUUCCUAAUGUGUGAUCUUUACAAGUUUGAUGCAAAAUUUGUUCAUUUCUUGUCUUGAUUUGGAGGUAGCAAGGCAAAUAAACACGGGAAAGAUGCAAGCUUUGUGUUGAACAUGUGGAAAAAAAAGAGCUAUCUUUUUUCUUUUAUGUCCAGUUGUAGUUUUUACUUCUUUGACAGUACCCAAAAUCAUUUACACUGCCUAUGUAGCUAUGGAUGAUCAGUUUUGGUGUCACUGAUAUAUCAAACAGUGAAUCAAUUGCUGGAAUGGUUCUAA